AUGAAAAAAGAAAUCGACAUUGCACUUGAUUUACUUGCAACAUAUGUUCAACGUUUUGGUUCAAUAAAAGAAGAAAGCAUUGAAGAAUUUCGUCAAAACCUUCAACAAAAUUUACUUCAACGUUAUCAAGGACAUUGGUAUCCUGAUAAACCUAUCAAAGGACAAGCCUAUCGUUCAUUAGAGUUUAAUAAAGAAAAUGAUCAUUGUGAUGUCAUUGUUUCUCAAAUAUGCCAGAAUUUAGGCUUUGCACCUAAUCUACUCGGUAUACGACAUGAUUUAACAUUAUGGAUCGAUCCAUAUGAAGUAACUAUAAGAUUUGGAAAUCAUGCAUCACCAAAAGAAAAUCAACAAUUAGUAGUUGUUCGAUUUGAUAAAGAAGGAAAUGAAAUUGUACGAAAUGACCUUGAUUCAUUAUUUUAUCAAAGUCAUAUACCUAUGGUUACAACAAAUACAUUACGAUCAUCACCAACAAAUAGUUCAUCAUGCGAUUCAGCUAGUUGCUCUGGUUCAUCAACACCACAACGUACAUCAUCACCAUAUCCCGGUACACAACAAUCAUCAGUAACAUCAACAUCAACACCACCGCCACCAUCAACAACAAUGUAUCAUAAUGGUCCAUUAUUUACUCCACCACGAGCAUUAUCGCCACAAGCACCUGCAUUUCAAAUGUCACCAUCAGCACCAAUUAAAGUUCCAGUCAAACAUGAACAAUAUCAUCCAUUACAAAAUUAUUCCGAAUCAGUAUCAUCUGAAGGUUCACCUAUUGAUGGAAAUAAUAUGCAACCAGAUCGUUCGGAUACUCCAUAUUCAAUGCAUAGUACAACAUCAAAUGAAUCCUCUGAUAGUGGUUAUUGUGGAUAUGUUGAAAGUUUUCCUUAUUACUAUAAACUCAAUCGUUUAUAUAAAGCAUUGGCUAUACAAAAACUUUCAACGAAUACAAAUCCAAUGGGUAAAACGACAUAUAAUCCAUCAAUAUCUCAUCAUCAUCGACGUGUACCACAUAAUUAUCAUAAUCAACAACAACAAAAAACAAAUAAUAUCAUUCCAACAUCAUUAUCUACUUCUCCUCCAACACCAACUCCAAUGAACAUUAAUCAAUUCUCACCUUAUUAUGUUCAACAAUCAUCAUACUUUCCAAUAUCAACGACAGUCACUGACAAUCGAAAAUCUAAGUAUUAA